CUCAUACAGACGUAUCUACUACACAAGCAGUUAAAAAGGUUUGGCGGCUGCGUACACUCGCCUAAGUGGGAGAGUAGAGACCUCAAAAUGCAGCAUCUCAGCUCUAACUUCUUAAACCCUCGGAUGCCACAGAGCCACACACGUACACCCUCCCCCCACCCCUCUCCCGGGUCAUCGUAUCAUCAUAUAUUCUUCAUGGCCAUCGAUGCUCUGCCCAUCCACCACAACACCACCGCACCACCUCCUCCCCCACCCCCUCCCACCAACGUCCACCACCACCACCCAUUCUCCUUAUUCACCCAUUUCUACUGGGGUAAAGAUGCCGAAAUACUCUUCUCCGGCUGGCCCGGACACAACUCCGCCAUGUAUGCACUAGCCCUCCUGUUUGUAUUUUUCUCGGCUGUUCUGGUGGAGCUGUUCUCCAACAUCAACGUUGUCAGACCCGGAUCCAAACGCGUCGCCGCGAUUCUUUUCCAGAUGGGGAUUCGAGCAAUUCGGGCAGGGUUCGCGUAUCUGGUGAUGUUGUCCGUGAUUUCUUACAACGGAGGAAUUUUCAUCGCUGCUGUGGUGGGCCAUGCGGUUGGAUACGUGGCUUUCGGGAGUCCCGUAUCCAUCUUCAGAAAGGGAUCCGCUAAUACUGGUAAUUAAUUAAGUUAAACACGAUGGAUCGUUCGUUCGUGAGUGAAGGCGGUGGUGGAGUAGAUUAUCGGUCGGUCACUUGGCUGGUGAUUCGCUUUAGUUGGGCUCUUACAUUAUUCUUUUAUUAUUUAAUGUUUUACACUCUCUUUUUUCACAGGGAGCUUGGGCCACCACUUUUGACCGUUUCGCACCUUUAAAUUCAACUGAUUUUUUUUUUUUUCGUUUUGUUUUUUUGAGUCGAACGGAAGUUGAAUUAUUAAUCUUCCCCAGUCGGUCACCCCACCGCCACCGGAUGGAUUGUAGUUGAAGAUUUCCAUCUACGAAACAACAAAUUAAAAUGUAGUAUUAAAUAGUACAGGCGUUUUCCUAUAUCACCUGACCAGGCAUUAGUCAACAUUAUGUCUAGAUUAGAAAGGCAUAAUAACACUGGCAAGAAUCUUUGCAAUUAUGGACAUCACCCACCGUUGCUUUGAUGUUACUAAAUGUUUGCCAUUAUGUAGAUGCGAAAUACGGCAACAUUGAGUACUACUAAUUCAUGAGAAAGUAAACUGAACGCCAAUCAUGAACUAAUGUUGUACUUGAAUCUGAAAGGCAGGCAAGGCUGGUGCGCUAUCAGUUUGCGAGAACAAAUCUAUAGG